AUACGUCAUUUGACUAUAGCAUGACAUCAAGGUGGUUUACAGGACCAGAGUUCCUUCGUGAAGACGCAUCAAGCUGGCCACAGGAAAUCACAGAACUGACGUCAAAUGAAUGUGCACCAGAGGAAGUUGCGAAGCGAGUCAUCAUCCUGAAUACAGGGGAGUAUCCAAUCAAUUUUUCUAAUUUUUCGUCAUUUUUUAAGAUUAUAAGGGUCGUUGCCUGGAUGCUGCGUUUUUGUCAUAACGCGAAGUCACAUCAUCGCCGAAGUGGAGAGUUGAGGUCUGAUGAACUUGCAGCCGCUGAAAAUAAAAUAAUUCGUCGCGUUCAGUUCGAGUCAUUUGCAGAUGAAAUCCAAGCCAUUAAGCACAAGGGUUGUCUCUCGAAGUCGAGCUCUCUAUAUCAGCUAACGCCUUUUAUAGACGUCGAUGGUUUGCUGAAGGUAAACGGAAGAAUUGAUGCUGCUUAUUGCCUGCCGAUAACAGCCAGACGCCCGGUUAUUCUACCACAGAACCACUACGUGACACGUCUCGUUGCGAAGAAAUAUCACUGCCAGCUUCACCACCAGAACGACAGUCUUACAAUCAACGAAAUGCGACAAAGAUUUUGGGUGCCUCGUGCGCGUGCUCUGCUCAAGUCAGUCAAGAGGGAGUGUUCUACGUGCAUUCAUACCAACGCAAAGCCAGCAGUUCCGCUUAUGGGUCAGUUGCCGAUAGACCGUCUCACACCGCAUGUGCGCCCGUUCUCCUACGCCGGAGUCGAUUAUUGCGGACCCUUUUUUGUGACUAUCGGCCGAAGAAGAGAAAAGCGUUGGGUUGGAUUGUUUACGUGCUUAACGACCAGGGCCGUGCACUUAGAAAUCGCUGCAGACCUCUCGACUGACUCAUUCAUCUUGUGUUUGCGCAAUUUCGUCAACCGUAGAGGAGUACCCGUGAGAAUUCGAAGCGAUAAUGGGACUAAUUUUGUGGGCGCCCAAAAGGAGCUUAAGGCUGAAGAACGCUUGUUUGAUUUCAACGCAAUACAGGGUGAGAUGGCACGACGCAACAUUGAAUGGCUCUUCAACUGUCCGGCGAAUCCGUCAGCAGGAGGCUGCUGGGAACGCCUUGUGCAAUGCACCAAACGACUGUUGCAAAGGGUGUUGCGUGAAGAAGCACCGCGAUUGGAGACAUUCCGCAGCGUCUUACUCGAAGCGGAAAACAUCAACAGCCGCCCGCUGACUGAGUUAGCCGUAACACCGCAGGACGAAGAACCAUUGACGCCAAACCACUUUCUGUUGGGCUGCCUUAACUCCACGCAAGUAAGAAGUGCAGCAGUUCGUACGGCUUCUGGUGUUAUACGUCGACCAGCAAAAAUUGAGGAAAUAAAGAAACAGCACCCAGAUUGGAGUGAAAAUACAAUUAUUUCAAAGUUGAUCGGUUACAGCUCAUCUCAGUCACAUUCUUCAGUGGAGCGUGCCGGCAUGUUGGGUGGUGUUAGAUUGCGUGGCGUGCCAGCUGAUGAAAAUAAUAGGCUUCGCGGUGAUGCUUUGGAAGCAGCCAUAAAAAAGGAUUUGGAGGAUGGGCUCAUACCAUUUUACGCUGUCGUUACCCUGGGUACCACCAAUUCAUGUGCUUUCGAUCACUUAGACCAAUGUGGUCCUGUUGGCAAUAAAUACGGCGUUUGGAUACAUGUGGACGCUGCCUACGCUGGCGCCGCUUUCAUUUGCCCUGAGUAUCGUCACCUGAUGAAAGGCAUUGAAACAGCCGAUUCUUUCAAUUUCAAUCCACAUAAAUGGAUGCUGGUGAAUUUUGAUUGCAGCGCUAUGUGGCUAAAGGACCCCAGUUGGGUGGUGAACGCUUUCAACGUGGAUCCCUUGUAUUUGAAGCAUGACAUGCAAGGUUCAGCUCCCGACUACAGACACUGGCAAAUUCCGCUUGGUCGCCGUUUCCGUGCGUUGAAAUUGUGGUUCGUACUUCGCUUAUAUGGUGUGCAGAAUCUGCAAGCGCACAUAAGACGUCAUUGUGGUUAUGCUACGCAGUUUGCCAAUCUUUGCCGAGCCGAUGAACGAUUCGAGAUUGUCGGUGACGUAAAUAUGGGUCUUGUAUGUUUCCGUUUAAAGAGUUCUAACGCAGUGAAUGAGAAGCUAUUAAAACAUAUAAAUGGACGCGGUAACAUCCACAUGGUCCCAAGUAAAAUAAAUGAUGUAUACUUCUUGCGCAUGGCUGUUUGUUCCAGAUUUACUAAGCCAGAGGACAUGGAUUAUUCUUGGAAAGAAGUGAGCGCAGCUGCUGAUGAUAUCUGCGAAAAAUAAGAAAAAAUAACUAUUGCAUUAAUAAUGAAGACUUAGAAUUUGCAAAAAAAAAAAUGACUCGUUUAGGGAACGAACCUGAAGAUGUACUUCAAUAGGUUCAACAACAACGAACGCUGUGUACUUUCUAUAUAUUCCAUUAGAUGUUAGAUAUUACAUUGUAUUAUUAUAUUAUACUUGUUGAAAUUAUGGCCAAAAACUGUAUUAUCAAAUCUUUUAGCAGUUUUGCAUUGUUGUUGUGUUAUUUGCUAAUAUGUAAGCUAAUUUAUGUAAGUUGUUUUUUCCAAACUCAAGUUCAUUAAUGUGAAUAAAACUGAGCUAAAAAUA